GAAAGGGUGAGUGGACUAGGCAUGAAAAGCUUUAAGCUAUUGUACGCAAAAGGAUCUGGUAAGAUUCGAUCCUGUAUAGUAGCCAAAAGCAGUCUCAACAUCUUCAUUCUUUCUGAUUUCAGUGAUGAAGACACCGUAGCAGCCAUAUGGGAGACCAGUGUAGGUGCUAUAUUGGUUAUCUCGGCGUACAUGGCUCACGACCACAGCGACCAGCCACCGAACAACCUGGUCUGCAGAUCCAUAGAGAUGGCAAACUCGAAAAGCAUGCCGAUCAUUAUGGGGGCUGAUGCCAAUGCCCAUCACACUGUCUGGGGAAGCUCGGACAUAAACGCUAGAGGUAUCACAAAGGGAUCAAAAUUCUGGACCCAAGUGU